UCACUCCGUUUCUCGCAGAGCUUUAGGGUUUAAUAACGCAAGCGAGACAGAGAGAAAGAAACAAGACGAAGCCGAUGGAGGGACUGACGGAGGCAGUGAAAGACAUCCACAUCACCGACGCGGCGGCGAACAAGAAGAAUCACCGCAUCCAGAACCGCAUCCAAGUCUCCAACACCAAGAAGCCCCUCUUCUUCUAUGUCAAUCUCGCCAAGAAGUACAUGCAGCUCAACAAUGAGGUCGAGCUCUCCGGUCUCGGAAUGGCGAUUGCUACGGUUGUUACAAUUGCUGAGAUUCUCAAGAACAAUGGAUUGGCUGUUGAGAAGAAGAUCAUUACCAAGACUGUUGACAUGAGGGAGGAUGCUGGUGGGAGGCCAAUUCAGAAAGCCAAGAUUGAAAUACUGCUGGGAAAGUCGGACAAGUUUGAUGAGAUGAUGGCUGCUGCAGCUGAGGAAGCCAAUGAAUAUGAAGACCAGAGUUGAAAUGUGUGUUUCAGAUUGCAGUAACUGAUAACUUCUCUAAAGCUGUGGAUUUCUAACUUCUGUUCGUAGAUUGGCUUCUCCAAUUGGUUCUUGUUUAGCUAUAAACUUCCAUCUAGGAGUUGUUGUAAUGCAAUUCUCCCUGCUAAAUUUGGAUCUAUUCAGUGUUUGACAAUCUUAUGAUAUGAAGACUUCUAGUUUUUCUUUGCUGGUA